UGUAGUGCAGAAGUUCCUUUUUUUAACUUCAUGCUCACGACGAAGGCCGGCUCCCUACAAUGAGCAGAGGGACUUCUAAAACCGGGGGCCACACUCAAGAAAAUGUCCCCUCUGUCCUCCUUAUGGCUCAGGAGAAUCAGAAGGUGUUUCAGCUGCUGGGGAGAAAGUGCACGACUUUGGCAACAACUGUGGUUCAGUUACUCCUGUCACCGAGCAACGAUCACUGGAUCAAGCAGAGUUGUGGCGUUGCAUGUCUAGUCAAAGACAAUCCAAAACGUUCCUAUUUUAUCCGUCUCUACGACAUCACGGAAGAAAAGCUGGUUUGGGAGCAGGAAGUGUUUCAGCAGCUGGCAUAUCUCACUCCCCGUCCAUAUUUCCAUACCUUUCCUACAGAUGAAUGCCAAGCUGGACUGAAUUUUGCCAAUGAAGAGGAAGCUGAAGCAUUUCAUGCUGUUGUUGAAGAAAAACAGCAAAAAAAACAACACAGACAAGAAAAACGCCAAGCGCUACCGCCACCCCCACCAGUGUCAGAUGAAAGAAGAAACAACCUCCCCCUGCCCCCACCACCAGGACAAUUUUCCAAUGGUCCUCCAAGCCCACAGCCUCAUUCACCGGUUCAACACCCAGGCCUUAACAUGGCAGCAGUCAGUAUACAAAACCCAGAUAUCACAUCGGAAAGGUACCGAGCCCUUCCAAUACCCAGUGACAGAUCAAAAAGCAAAAAAGGGAAGAAGAAAUUUUCAAAAGCUGAUAUCGGGGCACCAUGUGGUUUCAAACAUGUCUCUCAUGUCGGUUGGGAUCCAAAUAAUGGGUUUGAUGUAAAUCAAUUGGAUCCAGCGCUGCGUAACCUUUUCAGCAAAGCAGGAAUAAGUGACGCGCAACUAAAAGAUGCAGAAACCUCAAAACUGAUCUACGACUUUAUAGAGCAGCAUGGAGGUGUCGAGGCUGUGAAAGAGGAAUUGGGGGGGGGAGUAGAUUCUGCUCCACCACCUCCACCUUCCCGCUUUGCUCCAUCUCCUACCCGUCCACCACAACCACAGGGAAGAGGAAGGACAGGCCCCUUACCUCCUCCCCCCACCCGAGGCUCUAGUGCUCCUCCACCGCCACCUCCAUCUCGCAGUAGUCCUGCUCCACCACCUCCCUCUGACUUUCCUAGAGCUCCACCUCCUCCACGAGCAGGAGCUCCACCUCCUCCACGAGGGGGAGGCCCACCUCCCCCACCACCUCCGCCACCACCUCCGCCGCCAGCUCCAGAAUUUCAUGGUGGUCCGCCUCCCCCUCCCCCUCCAGCUAUUUCUGGAGGUCAAGUGCCACAGACUACUCCCGUUGGCCGUGGAGCCCUGCUGGACCAGAUUAGACAAGGAACUAAGCUAAACAAGGUGACAGAACCAGCUGACAUGCCCACGUCCCCUCAGACUGGUGCAUCUCCCGAGGGGCUAGUUGGCGCUCUCAUGCAUGUCAUGCAAAAGAGAAGCAAAGUGAUUCAUUCCUCAGAUGAAGAUGAUGAUGAUGCAGGAGAGGAUGAUGAUGAUGAUGAGUGGGAGGACUGAGUCUGAAUUGGUGCACAGGAUCCUUCUCUUUCUUCCAAAGUUUGCUCUUUAUGUUGCAAUAAAUAGUUUGAUAGUGUCGAUGUCUGAUGGAGAAAAUCUUUGGAUUUCAUGCUCCCUAUAAUAAACAGAUAAUAGAGGGUUCAUUUGUACCUAAAUAAUAAUUUAUGACGCAGGUAUGAUUUUAGACACACAAUAAAAAUUGGAGGUCUUCACAAGGCUCGUCUCACAUGAGGGGCAAAAAGACAAUAAAAAUUAUAUUUUCAA